CAUGGUUGAAAAAAAAAUAUGAUCACCUUAACAACAGUUUAAUCAUUAGUGAUAUUCAAAUUUUUAUACAUAUGUAGCAUGAUAACGUGAUUUUGUUUUCUAUAUCGAAAAUAUAAUAACAAUAAAAUUUGAAAGUAUCUUUUAAACGCUACUAUGGUUUUGUUAGGUGAAACAUUUCCAAAUUUUGUAGCAGAUAGUCAAAUGGGUCCAAUUAACUUUCAUGAUUGGCUAGAUAAUUCAUGGGGUAUUCUAUUUUCGCAUCCAAAUGAUUUUACACCAGUUUGUACAACUGAGUUAGCUCGAGUAUUAAAAUUAAUGCCUGAAUUUGAAAAAUUAGGAGUAAAAGUUAUUGCACUAUCGUGUAAUUCAGUUGAUUCUCAUCGUAAAUGGAUUGAAGAUAUAAAAGCUUAUGCCGGAAUGACUGAUAAAGAAUUUCCUUAUCCAAUAAUAGAGGAUGAAACGCGAAAACUUGCAACAUUAUUGGGAAUGUUAGAUCCUUUAGAAGUUGAUAAUAAUGGUAUACCUAUGACUGCCAGAGCAGUAUUUAUUAUUGAUCCUGCUAAAAAAAUGCGAUUAUCAAUCUUAUAUCCUGCUACUACUGGAAGAAAUUUUGAUGAAAUUUUGCGAGUUAUUGAAUCGCUACAAUUAACUGAGAAGCAUAAAGUAGCAACUCCAGUUGAUUGGAAGAUAGGUGAAGAAGUAAUGAUUCAGCCUAUUGUUUCUGAUGAAGAAGCAAAAAAGUUAUAUAACAAUAUUAAAUUUGUAUCAUUACCAUCGGGUAAAUCUUACGUGCGCAUUGUAUCGCAACCGCUGUAAAAAUAAUACUUUGCAAGAAAAACCAUUAUACAAUAUACAAUAUAUUUUCUUAAAUUAUUAAAAUCGAUAUUUGUAAAAAAAAAAGUAAAAAGUACAUAUUUAAUAAUAUAUUAAAUUCUUUUCAAUAUUAUACUACUAUUUCAUGAAAUACAAUUAUAAAUAAGCGUAUCCUUUUUAGUGCCUUAACAUUGGUAUAUGGCAGCAUAUAACUCCAAAAAAAAUAUAAAACUGAACAAUUUUUAUUUAAAAUUUCUUAUCAAUAAUUCACGGUAAAAAUAAUUAAAAACAAUUCGCUAAAAUAUAUUUGAAGUUUUGUAUACUUUUAAGUUUUCAUUGGUCAUAUUAUUAUCCAUGCACAUUCUUCACUGAUUCUAUUAAUACAAUUCAUAAUUUAUUUUUUAUAAGAUUGUUCAUUGUUAGAGGUAUACAUAAUUAUCAAAACAAAGAUUCUAAUAUUGGCAUUUGCAAACAACAAAAAAAGCUGUUUAUUGUAUCACCUAAUGUAAUUAAAAGUACACUGUGUUAUAUACAUUUCUCCAAGUACACAAUCACUUAUAAUUUCUAGGCAUAAUAUAUAAUAUUUACACUGUUUUUUAUUAAGUUAUUACUAGAUUUACUUUACUACAUUAUGAUUAUAUCUUAUGUUUGAAUGAUCCGCAAAUUGUUGCGCAUCUACGCAAUAGUAAGAUAGCAGUUAUAUAAAACAGUCCCUCGUCAAAACCAAUAAAGAUCAUAAAGAAUAAUAAAUUUAACAAAAUUAUAUUUUGUUAUUGUAAUGUUAUAUAAUUAAAAGUUAAUUACCACACAAUAUAUCGAAUGAUAAAAUACUAUUGCCAGC